ACCACACAGUGACCACACAGCCUCCCUUAUAUCGCACUCUCUUCCCCCCUUCAUCUCCCAACAAUCUUCAUGGCGUCUCUUCUUCUUCUGGUUCUCAUCUUCGUCUUCAAUCUCAUCGCCUUCGCUCUCGCCAUGGCCGCCGAGCAAAGGCGGAGCACGGCAAGAGUGGUGCCAGAUGCAGAGAACAAUUACACCUAUUGCGUUUAUGAUUCGGACAUCGCCACCGGCUAUGGCGUCGGUGCGCUGCUCUUCCUAAUGGUUAGUCAGGCUGUCGUUGCCGUCGCCACCAAGUGCUUAUGUUGUGGCCGUGCACUGCACCCCGGCGGCCCUCGAUUCUGCGCGCUUAUCCUGUUCCUCUCCUCUUGGGUGACGUUCGUCAUAGCGGAGUCUUGCUUGCUGGCGGGAUCGGUGGAGAACGCAUACCACACCAAGUACAGAACGCUGUUCGUGGACAAUCCGCCGUCUUGCCAAACGCUGCGAAAGGGCGUUUUCGGCGCCGGCGCGGCCUUCGUCUUCUUCACAUCACUUCUAUCGGAGAUAUACUACAUCUCCUUCUGCAAGGCUCGCGAUGUCACCAUCGCCAAGGAGCCCUCCAUUGGCAUGAGCUCCUACCCAUAAUAGACAUAAAGGAUCCAUCUUCCUCGCUUGAUCUGUUCUCAGUUUCUGUUCUUGAAGGGAUUUAGUAUUUUCAGUUUUAUUGUAUGAUUGAGGUAUUGAAUUGAUUGCUUGCUGAUUCCAAUGCUAUAUUUGGUUGUUGACUGAGAAAUGUAGCUAUAGAUCUUUAAUGAAGGCAAGAGAGGAGUGCUUGAAAAGUUUUAAUUUUAGUAGAAAGAGUUGUAAUUAUUAAUUUAGUAAAAUGAAUGGAUCUGUAAGUUUUUCAAA